CUAGAGUAAUAAAAAUAUGGACAAUUAGGAUUUAGGACAAUAUGAGACAAUAAAAACAAAGAGUUACAGACAGUCUGGGUACUUCUUUCUUGGCAAAAUAAGCCCGAAAAAGGACCCACGUUAACAAAGGAUUAACCCUUAAAAAGCAACAGCCUGUUGGAUAUUCAUACACCUCAUAGAUGAUGCGUAAAUUCCAUUUACACACAGGAUUCUGUCUGGACAGUGUCAGCUUUUUCCUCUUAAUCCUGACGGCGUCUUCAUCACUGAGCGAGACAAGAAGAAGUUCGUUUCUUCUGAUAAUGGGGCAAUAAAUUCUUUUUUCUGAAAGAUUUAGGUGUCCUAUGGCUGCUAUCUCAGUGCGAGUCCUUUCUUUUAAAAAAGUAUCUUACAUAGCAUAGUUUCUAUUUUAACAUUAUGCUAUAACCUUAAACUAUAUUUAACACAGUACUUAAGCAAAUUAAUACACCAUAACUUUCUAACAUAACACACAUAAUAUUCAUUUUAAUACUUGCGAAAAGCCAAUCAUAAAAUAGGCAUUUUUCACCACGCCGCUGUCUCCGCGCUGGGGAAAAGCCGCCCAGCCCCGGCUCCCCAGCAGGGUGAGAGGCGUCCCGCCUGACGGGGACCGGAGUCAUGGAUUUGUGGGAGCCGGGAUCACCCAUCCAGCGGCACAGACGAGGGUCUGGAAAGGGCUCAGUGCGGACGGGGGGGGGGUUCCAAGAUCCCCACACGGCCGGGCCGGGCUGUGCCGGGUCCCGCUCCGCUCAGCGCACCGCGCUCGGAAGGCGGAAAUCGCCGGCGGAGGAGGCGUGGGAGGGAAAGGGAACGGCCAGAGGCGGGCAGCUGCUGCUCGGCUCGGCUCGGCUCGGCUCGGCUCGGCUCGGCUCGGCUCGGCUCGGCUCAGCACGGCUGGUCCGGCACGGCUCCGGCACGAUGAAGCAGCGAGGGUAUGGAUUUCUGCUACUGCUCCUUCUUAUCCUGAAAGCUGUUACUGCACUAGAGAAGAAGAACAUCAUCAGUAAACUUGGAGACAACGUCACACUAAGUUGCAUUUAUAAUGAAAAGAAACCCUUGCUAUUAAAAAAUCUACGGGUAUAUUGGCAAAUAGCUGAUGGCUCCUAUCAAGAAAAGUGUUCAGUUGUACAUGCACUGAUCUCUGGCCAAGAUGAUAACAGUAAUCAGUGUAUUCACUUUAAAGACAGGACUCAAUUAUUCUGGGAUAGGUUGGAAAAUGGUGAUUUUUCUCUGCUAUUGCUAAAUGUCAGCCAGAGUGAUGAACACACAUACAAAUGCAUAGUGCAGGAGAAAACUGAAGUUCCCAGAGUGAUUCACCAGGCAGAAGUGGUUCUCAGCUUAGCAGCGAGUUACAGCCAACCAAUACUCAGUGGACCAAUAAGAAACAGUGACAGCACUGGAGAGGAGGUGACCUUCUACUGCAAGUCUGGCAAUGGAUACCCAAAGCCCAACGUUUACUGGAUCAAUAAAGUGAACAACAGUCGCCUGUCUCCAUCAGAAACAAAGAUCAUACCCCACGACGACGGCACCUUCAGUGUUUCCAGCACACUGAAGGUGACAGCCACUGCUAACAUGCAGAUAGAGUGCUCCAUAGAAAAUGAGAUGCUGCAGGAAAAUCUCUCAGCCAACUACACGCAGCAGAAGAAAAUCAGUGGUCCUGGCACAGAAAGUGACAAAAAACAAGAAAAAAAAGGACGAGGUGCUCAAGCAGCUGGCAUCAUUUGCAUUGUCUUUGUGAUAGGUCUUCUGACUGGUUUAAUCUGCUGGCUGUGGAGAAGGAGGUCCUCUAAUCUAGUGUCCUAUAAAGAUGUCCAACAAAGAGAAGACCAAGGAGGACUCACCUCACCUGCCUAAAUGGAAGGUCUGCCAACAAUUUGGGCAGCUGGAGAUGUGUCAAGAGAAGCAUCACUCCCUCAGUGGCAGCAUUGUUUGUAAUACAAGUGACAGAUUUCUGCCAAGAGAGAUGGCAAAGCUUAAAAAAAAACCAAGCUUCUAGAACACAAGAGAGAGGAAAAUCUGCAGGAUUUUCAUUCCAGCCACUGACUGUGUCCACAGAACAGUUGUGUCAUCACUCCAGCUCAGCACUUUGGACAGUCCUCUGUGAUUGUCACUGAUCUGGGCACCUGUACUGGGGAAGCAGAAAGCCUGGGACUCAGGGCUCUGUGCCAGACCACUGGAAGCUGGUGACUGUCCAGUCUCUCACCACAAUCCUUGAGGACUCUCAGGAGCAGAAGCAGCCACCUUCAGGAGCAUGGGAUGUUCUGCUGUCACCUUACCCUGAGGAUGGCUUCUGUGUGUGAAGAAAGGCAGCUGAAACAAAGAGAGAAAACUGAAGGGCUCUGCAAAGUGAAAUUUGUGACCUCUUCCAUGUUUCUCUCUAGAGUACAAUCCUUUCAUUGUCUCUUUUCACCAGCUGCUACUCUGUACAGAACCAGGCAGAGCACUUUGACCCAGUCCUCCAAAACCAGGAGUUGCUCUAAUGGGGUCAAAUACUGAAUUUGUUAUCAUAAGGGAAGGUGCCUUCUUUAAGCCUUGACAGCAUUAUUUUGGUUUUUACCAAAUAUUCCACCAAAAAGGGGACUUCCACUUUCAACAGGAGCCAGCUGUGAGAAAAUCUGACCAGGCUGUGGAAAUCUGACCAGUUAAAAAUAGUGCUCUCUGCUAUAUGUGAAUGCCAUGUUACCUGGACUUACCCUUCUCAGGGUGGAACAAAAACUGUGGUUGAGCUCUGCUUGAUUCAACUGAAUCUUUAUUUAAGCACCUCCCUGUGGCUUCCAGGGAGGAUUUUAAACUGAAGUUUUAAACUAAACUCAUCCUUGCACACACCCAACAAAACAAAAUAGAACAAAAACCAAAUUCUAUCAUUGUGUUGUCCAUGAAUGUCCAGAAAACCAAGAACUGUAUUUUUCCUUGUGUCAGUCCAUGUGCUUUGCUGUUUCAGCCCCAAAUCAGCCAAACUGACUGCCAGAAAAUAGCAAAUCAGUAAACUUUGCUGAGGAUAUGAAAUUUUGAAGGAGGAGGAAUUUUACCAGCUCUCUUUCCCAGAUCGGACAGUUUCUCCAUCUUGUCACGGGGGGAUGGAGAUUGUUAUUUUAAACUGAGCUCUGGAAACACUUGACCUCUCCUGCACCAGUUGCUAGACUAAAUUUGUGUAAUUUUUGUGAAUCAGUCAUAGUCUUGUUUGUUCUUGCUCUGUGUGUAAGAGGCACUCCAGUAGCAACUCUGAGCUCAGACACUGAUUUUUCAUAUCAAGAUCAGCUUUCAAUUCCCAGCUGAGUGAAAAUUCUGUUGUACUCACAUCACGUGGAAGCAGGGCCAUUUGGCAAUAGUGCAGCAGUUAUCUUUUGUCAAAGCAAUACCCCCAGGGAGGCUCCCAGCUGAGUAGCUGUGCUUCUCUCAUGCCCAUGAAUCCAGAUAUCAGAUGUUUUCUGAGUCCAAAUCUAGUCUUCUGUGUACCCCUAAAGGGAAUUUGCUUGAAGAAAGCUUGCAGACACCUCAAAAAUGUGAACAACAUCUGUGCAGAUGUGCAGGGCAACCAUCUCCUAGUGCUUCAGGGAAAAAGUCCUGCAGACAUUUCCUUCUUAUCUGUCACAUGAAGUUGUUUUGUGCAGCCUGUGGUGCUGCUGUACCUGACAGAAGCCUUUCCUACAAGUAGUUUUCCACUUUUAUAUUCUGCAACUGUAAUGGCUCAGAGAUGUAAGAAGUGACCUAGCAGUCACUCUGCAAUAUGAUAUUGAAACAAAUUUAGACUGGUUGGAUUUUCUUCUGGGCUGCUUCAUGGAUACACCUAAAUGCAAAAGCCUUUUCUUGCAAAAUCUGUGCUUUCAUUUAGCUUGGGGUUCCAGCUAUUCCUGGAGGUCAGUAAAUCCUAGAUGACAGUUGGUUGCUACCAUUCAAAAGGACUUGGGCAUUUAGUAAUAACAGUUUUUGUCUUCACUUGCCAUGUUUAUAUUUUAAAUAAAGUCUAUUCAUUCUUCUGA